AUGUCCGAUCAAACUGCAUUGGUCACCGGAGCCACUGGCCUACUAGGCAGACAGGUUGUAAGGGCCUUCGAAAGAGGCAAGUGGAACGUUAAAGGGACAGGCUACUCUCGUGCCGACGGGUCAUCGAUCCUCAAGGUCGAUUUAGUAAAUGCAGAGCAAGUAGAGGCUGCCCUUGAUAAUGUUAAACCACAAGUCGUAGUUCACUGCGCCGCGAACCGAUUCCCCGACAAGUGUGACAACGACCCCGAGGGAACACGCGCCCUAAACGUCGAAGCUACUAGGAGACUUGCCUCCCUGUGCGCGGCGCGUGGUAUCUUCCUAAUCUAUAUAUCCACCGACUAUGUCUUCCCAGGCAAGCCUGGUGAUGCACCGUACGAGGCUGAUGCAAAGCCGCAACCUACCAACUUAUACGGGCAGACGAAGCUAGAUGGAGAGCAGGUUGUAUUGGAGGAGUAUCAACGUGCCGGCAAGGCAGGUCUUGGUGUUGUCCUACGUGUUCCCGUAUUAUACGGUGAUGCCGAGGUGCCAUCUGAGAGCGCUGUGAAUGUGCUCAUGGAAUCUGUCUGGAAAGCACAAGAAUCAGGUGCCAAGGUUAAGAUGGAUCACUGGGCACUCCGUUAUCCUACCAAUGGUAAGUUCAAUAUUACCAACAUUACCACUACCGAAGAUGUAGGACGGGUGUGUUAUGAUGUUUCCCUGAAAUAUCUAAACACGGAUGACCCAUCUAAAUUACCUUAUAUCUUACAAUUCUCUUCGGAGAAUAAGUAUACCAAGUAUGAGAUCUGCCAGCUCUUCGGCGAAAUCAUGGGUCUAUCGAUCGCAGCCAUCGAGCCUAAUACCGAAGGGAACGACCCGAAUGCUUCCGUCCAGAGGCCGUACGACUGCCACCUCAGCACGAAGGCACUCAAAGAUAUCGGCAUAGAUGUGGCUACUCAGGAUUUUACCGGUUGGUGGAGGUGGAGUGUUAAAGCAUUUAGAAAAUGA